UGCGCGCCCAGUAGAAAAUCAACGAAUCACACUCCGAGAUACUCGUUCAUCUGAGUCACGUUAAAGACUCGUUUAAAAAGAACGAAUCGUUCAUAACCGACCCAUCAGGACCGAACUGCGAAUCUGUACGUGUGUGUGUGUGUGUGUGUUCGGGGGAUUUAUGCAGGACCAGCUCCAGUGUGUUUCAUGCUUGGGCCGGCCCAGACCGCGAGGCCGAGGGACCAUGUGGGAGUCAUAUGAACGCCGGAGAUAAGGCACAGACAGAUAGAGAGAGGGACAAAAACAUAGGAAGUCGCUUUAUUUGUUCCUGAAAUGAACACGACCACCGAGCCCCCGCACCCAGACGGAGGAGACGCGUCCCUGGCGUACGUGCUGAUCCCGUUUUUCAUCAUCACGGUCGUGGGGAUUGUCGUAGCCGCGGUGUUGUACAUGAAGAGGAGACAGAGGAUUGACAGGUUACGGCACCGGCUGCUCCCGAUGUACACGUACGACCCGACUGAGGAGCUGAACGAAGCCGAGCAGGAGCUGUGGAGAGAAGACGACAUGAAGGGCUGGACGACGACGUACCAACAGCGGUGGCCUCUGCUCCCGAAGGACCCGGACGUGUGACGGAAGACGUGAUCUCCACUCACACAUGAUUAGUAGACUGGAGUCUUCUGGACUUCCCAUGUGAUCGGAAGCUUUAUAGGGGAAAACGGCAAAGCCAGGGAAUGAAACGGGGAAAAUGGAGGACGCGGCCUUUGAUCUGCUGAUCAGUAACGUUAAUAUACAGAAGGAAAUCCAGGAUAAAUUACUGGAACUGUGAAGAAGUCGAUUUAUUUUUAGUGCAGGUUCACGCACAGCUUUUAUCACCAUGCCAGAACGUCUCCGGUGUAUAAACAACAACAAAAACAGGUCCAGAAGUGUGAAUAAGUCGUCACCAUCCUGACGAGACCAAGCAUGACGUUACCAGAGAUGAUUCAUGAUGCAGAUAAAAGUUUAAAAUGAUGCACUUGAUGGAUCAGAGAUUUUUGUUUACAUUUGUUUGUUUAAAACUUUGAUCUAAAGACACAUCCUACUUAAGAUGCGUGGGAGACCAUUUGGAGAUGCUGGAAUAUUAACAGCGUAAACAUUUAUUAUUAUCAUUAUUAUUAAUAAUACUGCAACUGCAGUUUAAGUUGUUCUGGAAUUCAGUGCAGGACCUUCACCUCCCUCGUGUUUCAGUAUUGAUACUGAAAUAAGUCACACUCUAGUAUCAGUCCUGAGACAUGGAACCUUUAACGUAACUCAGUUAUUGUUUUGUCUGUUCCUUAAUGCUAAUGAUUGUUACAUUUAUCACCUGCUACCAUAUGGUACUUCCUUUUUUUAUUUAUAAAAUUUUUUUUUUUUUACAGCUAUGACUAAAUGAGCAUGAUAUCAGGUUUACAAGUUUUUCCCCCAUGACUAUCACUGUCCUCAGAUUGGUGUGUGUGUGUGUGGGUGUACUGAACACACACCUGCCCCGUUUCUGAUUCGACACUCGGCUGGUGUAAAAACAGUAGUGUAUCAGGAAACGUUGCGCUCUUCCAGUCCUGCUGUAAAGCCUUAAAUCAAACACAGGGUGUUGUGAACUCUUGUUGGAGAUGGACAUGUGACCUUCAGUAAAUUAGGCUCCGCCUACAGCACUGGAACCGAAACCAGAAGCCACAGUGAUGAAAUCAGCAUGAGAUUUAAAGCGUAUUACAGAUUUAUAAUUCGUGUUCUAUUAAUGUGUUGCAUUAAAUGUGACUGUAAAUAACAGUUUACAACUUUUUCUUUUGUAACAAGUUAUUUCUGUAAUGCAAGUAAGCGGAGGUUGGUAAACACUAACUAAAAAAAAAAAAAAAAAAACACACGUCAUACACUGUUUGUCCAUUGGACGACUUUAGCUUUGACUACAGCACACGUUCACUCUGGCUUUGCUUCAACAACUUUAUGCAACAUCAUGGGAUUUAUUCCCCUCCAAAGUCAACACACUCUGUAAACGUCUCCAGCAUGUCCCCGUGACUUUCAGUGGCAUCAAGGUCAGGACUCAUGUGGUGUCCAGUUCAUGUGUGUUCACAGAGCCACUCUCACACUCUGGUGAUUCAGUACAUUCAGGUGGUCAGCUGACUUUAUUUUAUUGCCCCAUAACGUUACUGAGUCUAGACCUGAGUAACUGAUCAACCCCAGAUCAUAACACUGUCUCCAGAGGCUUGUACAGUGGACACUAUGCAUGAUGGGAGCAUCGCUUCAUGUCCUUCCCUUCUCACCCUGACACGCCCAUCACUCUGGGAUAGGCUCAGUCUGGACUCAUCAGGUCACAUGACCUUUUUCCAUCACUCUAAAGUCCAGUCUUUAUGUUUUCUAGUGAACUAAAGGCUAACAAGUGGUUUUCUUAUGGGGACACAGCUGAUCAGUCCCAAUUCUGUGAUUUCUCAUCACAUUGUGUGUGUGAAAACACUCUUGGUAUCAAUAUUAAACACAGCUCUGAUCUGCAGCAAACUUUUUUUUUUUUAACAUGCAACUUCAACGAACAUGUAAGUGAUCUCCAGUAGUGCUGAAUGAAUUGCUACUAGUUAAAACGUAUUAAAUAACGACAGUAAUUUUCCAAUUAAAGGGCCGAGGAGCAGAACAGAGGCGUAGGAAUCAUUAACUUUAUUACCAGUCUGAAUACAAAUCCUUGCAGGCCACAAUUAAAAAAAAAAAAAAAAAAAAAAAAAAAAAAUACACACACGAGUUUGUACAUUGUAAAGACUGAACCCAAACCAGUUUACAGUGUGCAGCCAAAACACACACACACACACACAGGGUGAAAACAUCAGUAAUUAAAAUCUGAAGUACCAGAGUAUAAGUGAGGAACUGGAACG